AUGCUGACUCUGCAAAGGGGUUUCCAAAAGAAGACUGGCAAGGGCCGGCUGGACAAGUUCUACCGCCUUGCUAAAGAGAAGGGCUAUCGUGCUCGUGCUGCCUUCAAGCUCCUCCAACUGAACAAGAAAUAUGGCUUCCUCCAGGAGUCACGGGUUCUUUUGGACUUGUGCGCUGCUCCCGGUUCCUGGUGUCAGGUUGCCGCCGAGGCCAUGCCGCCUCAAUCCCUGAUUGUUGGAGUCGACUUGUCUCCGAUCAAACCUAUUCCCGGCGUCAUUACCUUCCAGAGCGAUAUUACCACAAGCCAAUGCCGCGCGACGAUCCGCCAGCACCUUAAAACAUGGAAGGCGGACACGGUCCUGCACGAUGGAGCGCCCAACGUCGGUACUGCUUGGAUUCAGGACUCUUUCAACCAGGCCGAGCUCGUGCUUCAGUCGAUGAAACUAGCUAGCGAAUUUCUCGUUGAGGGCGGUACAUUCGUCACCAAGGUCUUCCGCAGUAAAGAGUACAACAAGCUACUUUGGGUCUUCAAAAACCUGUUCACCAAGGUCGAAGCAACAAAACCACCCAGCUCGCGAAAUGUAUCAGCUGAAGUGUUUGUGGUUUGCCGCGGCUUCAAAGCCCCAAAGCACAUAGAUCCUCGGUUCCUGGAUCCUCGCUCCGUCUUUGUGGACACUACCGACGAUGCACCAAACAACGAGGCCAAGGUCUACAAACCCGAAGUCAAGAAGCGGAAACGAGGAGGAUACGAAGAAGGCGAUUAUACCCAGUUCAAGGAAGUGCUUGCGAGCGAGUUCGUGGAGACUACAGACCCUAUCAAUAUAUUGGCCAACUACAACAAGCUGAGCUUUGAGCAACCACGGAAUGGCGACAUGGCUCUCGCUGCCUUGGACAAGAUGCCCGAUACGUCGGAAGAGAUUCGGCUAUACUGCGCCGACCUGAAGGUACUCGGCAGAAGAGAGUUCAAGUUACUGCUCAAGUGGAGGCUCAAGGCUCGCGAGGCUUUCGGGCUUCCCACGAAAAAGUCUUCGAAGGCAGUUGCCCCAACAGAGGAAGUUGCAGAAGUCGAGGAAAUGGGCGAGGAGCUCAGGCUGCAGGAAGAACUACAAGCUUUGAAAGACAAGGAUGAUACUAAGAAGAAGCGCGAGAAGCGGAGAGACAAUGAGAAGAAGCAAAAGGAAAUCGUGCGAUUGCAGCUGCAUAUGACCGCUCCGAUGGACAUCGGGCAGGAACAAACCAGCGAAGGCUUCUUUGCGCUCAAACCUCUCGAGAGAAGAGAAGCAACGAGCAAGAUAGCCAAGGGUCGAAUGGCCUUGCUCAACGAGAAAGAUGCCAAGAAAGAUCGGGACAGUGGCAUUGGGUCCUCGGGAGAAACCGACGACGAGUCCGACGACGAAGAAGAUAGACUGGAACGCGAGCUGGAUGCUUACUACGACCAGUACAAAGACCGGAAAGCCUCUUCAGAUGCCAAGUUCAGGGCAAAGAAGGCUAGGCUUGAACACGACGACGGCGAGUGGGAAGGGCUGUCGGGUGAUGAACAAGGACAAUCCAGCGACGAUGGCGAGCUUGAUCAAGAUAGCAGUGAUGAGUCGGACGAUGAAGAGCCUACACCAGGAAAACGGCUACUCACCGAUUUGGAUAACAGCUCUGAACCUGGCGGUCUUUCGAGACGUGCCACGAGCUUCUUCAAUCAGGACAUUUUCAAAGGUAUUCCAGGGCUCCUUGACGAAGCCGCUCCCAAACCAGAAGAUGAGUCGGAAGAAGACGAAGACAUGGCUGAGGAGGUCGAAGAAGUGGUCUCGGCGGUCGCCAAAGCCCUGCCACCUAAGGAGCGCAAGGAGACUCCGCAACAGAAGCAGAACAAGGUUGCCACUGAUGCGCCGCCCUCUGAUUCUGAGGAUGAUAACGCAGCUGGAAGCCAGGUUGUGGAAGAUAAGAAUGAUGAUUGGGAAGAUGAGAAGCGGCGACCUGACGGCAAACCUGACAUCGACAUUAUAACUGCCGAGGCAAUGCACAUGGCUCACCAGUUAGCGACUGGCCAGAAGACCAGCCAAGAUGUCGUGGAUGAUGGCUUUAACAAGCAUGCCUUCCGAGACCGCGACGGCUUGCCGGAUUGGUUUGUUGAGGAGGAGCAGAAGCAUGACAGGCCGCAGAAGCCCAUAUCCAAAGCGGCGGCUGCUGCGAUCAGGGAAAAGACGAGAGCUUUUAAUGCACGGCCCAUAAAGAAGGUACGGGAGGCACAAGCGCGCAAGAAGUUCAAGACGGCGCAGCGCCUGGAGAAGCUACGGAAAAAGUCGGACAUGCUGGCCAACGAGGAGGGCAUGACGGAGAAGGAAAAGGCCGAGAGCAUCUUGAAGCUGAAGAGCAAGGCCGCCAAGAAGAAGCCCGCCAGACAACAGCCCAAGCUGGUCGUUGCCCGCGGUACCAACAAGGGUGUCAAGGGCCGGCCUCGCGGCGUCAAGGGCAGGUAUAAGAUCGUGGAUUCGCGGAUGAAGAAGGAGCUCCGGGCGGAGAAGAGGAUUGCGAAGCGCAAGUAG